AUGGUGUAUAUCGUAGCGGCAGAGGUCCGUACGGACUACAAGAUUGGGAAAUACUGUGCCCUAUGGAUUGGAAUCCUAGUGAUGACCCAACUCAUGGCACCGGUCGCCGUGGCUCAGAUCUUAUUGGGUGACACCAUCCGUAAGGCCUUCAAUAUACCGCUGAACAAGCCGUCAACCGCUUCGAUCGACACUACAUUCAAACCAAAUGAUAUGACAACCCCGGCCACCACCACAAACACCUCCCUUUACCCCACCCUCAUGGCCUCAACCCCAGCCUCACAAGCAUUUGAUUGGUCCACGUUUUGGCUCAUACUUUCGGUUUUUGUGGGGAUAGGACUGUUGGCCCUCUUGUUGGCCGUCACCUGUGAAGUGCGCGCAGGAAAACCACUGUCCGUCCAAUUGGUAUUGCAGACAAUGUUUUGUGGGUUCAAAUUCAACUUCACUCGACCCGAUAGUAAGGCUAAAAGUGACGGGUCGGCCGACAAAGAGGGUCAGCCCAUCGCCGGCAACGACGCGGUAGACGACAACCAACCAGACGUGGCCAACGCGGGCAGCAAUCAAAUGCACGCCAAUGCCAGUAAUCAAUCGGCUCAGGGACAGGGACAGGCCAUUCAUCUCAAAAUCUUUAACAACGUUAACGGUACUAAUCAGUAA